UUUUUGUUAGAGAAGUGAAAAUGAAAAACUUAAUUUGGCCUAAACUAGUGAAUGAAGAAACAAAUUCAGGCUCCUUUCCUUCGCCAUCUUUUAUCCUUUAUUCUUUUGGUGAAGUGCAAUUUAGUUUUGCGUUUUCCAGCUACACCAGAUCUACGCGUAACCUCACCUCUCUCUCUCUCUCUCUCUCUCUCUCUCUAAUUAUAGAUACAUGCAUUUGUAAUUGUAAGGAAUAGGAAGCUCCCAAAAUGAGCAAAGCUUCAUUGAUCGUCUACAUCACUGUGGCCGUGGUCGUCCUACUCCUAAUCUCCCGCUCCUCCAACAACAAGUCCCACCGCCACCGCCACCGCCGCCUCAAGGUCCGCUCCAACUUCACUUUCACAGCCCCCACCGACCCCCACCACCCGCACGCCGCCUUCGAUCCCUUGGUCGCCGAAAUCGAGCGCAAGCGCGAGGACAAACAAUGGGAGCAUCACUACAUCCAAGCUCACCACCCUCAGUCCACUCCCACCGACUCGCCCGAGCCGGAGUGGGAGGAUUUCAUGAACGCCGAGGAUUACCUCAACGACGAGGACAAGUUCAAUGUCACUAACAGGUUGGUGCUCCUCUUCCCCAACAUUGAUCUCGACCCGCCCGAUGGCUACGUCAGUGCCACCGAGUUGACUCAGUGGAACUUGAAGCAGAGCCAGAAGGAGGUGCUGCAUAGGACCCAGAGGGAAAUGGAGGUUCACGACAAGAAUAAAGAUGGAUUCGUGUCUCUAUCCGAGUAUGAGCCGCCCAGCUGGGUUGUAAAUUCAGACAAUAACUCAUUCGGAUAUGAUAUGGGAUGGUGGAAAGAGGAUCAUUUUAAUGCCGCAGAUGCAGAUGGAGAUGGUCAGUUGAAUAUCACAGAGUUCAAUGAUUUUCUGCAUCCAUCUGAUACGACCAAUCACAAAUUGCUUCAGUGGUUGUGCAAGGAAGAAAUAAGGGAAAGAGAUACGGACAAAGAUGGGAAGAUCAACUUCAAAGAAUUUUACCAUGGAAUUUAUGACUUAAUUAGAACUCACGGUGAAGGGGUCCAUGAUUCGUCACAUGAAUCUGCUGAGGAGGCCCCAGCAAAAACAUUGUUCAACCAGCUUGACAAAGAUGCUGAUGGUUAUUUGUCAGAUGUAGAAUUGUUGCCGGUUAUUCGAAAAAUACAUCCUUCAGAACGCUAUUAUGCUAAACAGCAGUCAGAGUACGUCAUGCAGCAGGCUGAUACAGAUAAGGAUGGGCGUCUGAGCUUGAUAGAGAUGAUCGAAAACCCAUAUGUUUUCUAUAGCGCUGUAUUUGAUGAAGAUGAAGACGAAGAUUAUGAUUAUCAUGACGAGUUCCGGUAGAUCCAUCCAUGGUUGGCUGGUGUCCAAGAUUGUGGUUUCCUCAGAAUACAUUAUGCUUCAUUAAUCCUUUCACCUGUUACAAUUGAUCCAGUAGUAACACCAUAUCUCAAAUUUUGUUCAUCAAACAUGUAAUAUAACCAAAAAUGAAGGUCUAGAAUAUUUGUAACUAACACCUCACCUCAUACAUCACUUGUGCUUUCCAUAUUGCAGGAUAUAGGGGAUUGAUAUUUGGAUUA